AUGGAGGCGUGGCUUUCGACGAUGGAGGCAUUGUUCGAGUAUGUCUACACCCUCGAGAAGGAUAAAGUACGCCUAGUGUCUCACUAUUUAGAGGGGUCGGCUAGGUCAUGGUGGAUGCGAGUAAAGAAUGGUCGAUCUUUGGAUCCGGCUACUAUGUCUUGGGAGGCAUUUCGGGAGUUGUUGCUUAUGGAGUAUUUUCCCGAAAGCGACAAGCAGAAGAUCAAGGAGGACUUUCGCAAGUUAAGGCAAGGGAACCGAACGGUGCAGGAGUACGAAAGGGAGCUCUCGCACAUGGUUGAUUGCAUUCCGGGCUUGGUUCAUGGAGACCGGGAUCGAGCAGAGGUCUUUGAGCGCGGAUUGCGGCCGAAAAUAUUCAAGAUUAUUCAUGCGCUCCAGCUGAAGACCUACGAGGAGGUACUCGAUCGCGCGCUAUGGGUAGAGCGCGGCAACACCAUUGCGCGUGAGGAACGCGAGGCGUUUGAAAGGGACAAGGACAAGGAGAAGUCCAAGAAGCGACUGGCUGGUGGUUCCGCAAGGCAGUCGAGUUCUAAGCGACCCCCUCGGUACCCAAAAUCACAGUGA